GGAGGGGGGGCGUCUCACGCUAACUCUGCUUUUUGUUCUUUUUUUACUGCCCUCCGGAGCUGGAUCUUGUCUAUUCUGGAUGGCAUUCCUGAACUGUAAUGUAAGAAAACAGAUGGGCGCUUUUUCUGGUUGUACCGUAGCAUAAGAGCGAGAGGCGAUCGGCGCGUCCGAGAGGGUGGUUUUUUUGUUGUUUUUUUGCGUUUUUAGCAAUCGGUGCUCGCUUCGCGUUAGUAAGUGAGCAGCUCGCGCCCGAUCGACCAAGGUGACCACGGCGGCGUGACCCGAGCCUUUCUUGGAGGCUUGCCGAGGUUAGCACGGAGCAGCGGGCGCGUGAAGUGCGGCAAGGCGUGCUCCUCGGCGUCUUUUCUCCGGGCCCCUUCCCUUCCAGUUUGCCUGGUCUGCGCGCCUCUGCGCGCCUCUCCGUUCCUUCGCCGCCGCGAUGCGGCUGUUCAUUUCUGCUUUCUCCGCGCUGUCCUCUCGCUGGCAGAGCCCAUCUUGAGUUCACGGGAGGGGGAGUGAAGGCUCAUCGCUCCCAUCGCCGCCGCCGCUGCUGGAAGAGGACGAGAGCGAGCGGGCGCGCUCCCCGGCUUCUCCCCCUGGCUGGUGCAUCUCCGCCAGGCUCAUGGUGAGGAUCAAGGCGGUGCUCUUCUGGGCUCUGGUGCACAGUUACUGUGGUCUCUGCGCCUGCAUCGAGCUGCUGAAACUUUUGUGGAGCCUGGGCACCAGGCCAGGCAAGACCUUCCAGUGGCUGGUCCGAGAGAACCCGCCGGGAUGUCUCAGUGACCCUUCGUUGGGCACUCACUGCUAUGUCCGGAUCAAGGAUUCUGGGCUGAGAUUCCACUAUGUAGCUGCCGGAGAGAGGGGUAAACCUCUUAUGCUGCUUCUUCAUGGCUUUCCAGAGUUCUGGUACUCUUGGCGACAUCAAAUGCGUGAAUUUAAGAGUGAAUAUCGAGUUGUGGCCUUGGAUUUGAGAGGUUAUGGAGAAACAGAUGCUCCCUCCCACCGAGAGAAUUACAAGCUAGAUUGUCUGAUUACAGAUAUAAAGGAUAUCUUGGAGUCUCUUGGAUACAGCAAGUGUGUGCUGAUUGGUCACGACUGGGGUGGAAUGAUUGCUUGGCUAGUUGCUAUUUGUUAUCCAGAAAUGGUGACAAAGCUUAUUGUUGUGAAUUUUCCACAUCCCUCCGUUUUCACAGAAUACAUUGUGCAGCGUCCAUCACAGAUGAUUAAAUCCGCCAACUACUAUUUCUUCCAAAUGCCAUGGCUUCCAGAACUUAUAUUUUCAAUAAAUGAUUUUAAGGUGUUGAAAAACAUCCUUACCAGCCACUCCAGUAGAAUUGGAAAGAAAAGCUGUGGGUUAACAGCAGAAGACAUUGAAGCUUAUCUUUAUGUAUUUUCCCAACCAGGAGCACUAACUGGUCCCAUUAAUCACUAUCGAAAUCUUUUCAGUUGUCUGCCACUGCAGCAUCAUGAAAUCACCAUGCCUACUCUAUUGGUAUGGGGAGAAAAAGAUCCUUUUAUGGAGGUUGAGAUGGCGGAAAUCACAAGGAUUUAUGUAAAAAAACAGUUUCGACUUACUGUUCUGUCUGAAGCCAGCCAUUGGCUCCAAGAAGAUCAGCCUGACAUUGUGAACAAGUUGAUAUGGACUUUUCUAAAAGAAGAGUCAAGAAAAAGAGAGUGACUCUUUUGACAGGACAAUUGAAAUGCUAAAAGAUCAAAGUUCAAUGUAAGCAGGGCCACGUUAACAGCAUAAUAUUAGAUUAAACUAUGCUAGAGAAGAUAUUUUCAAUGUACUGUAUAUAUUGAUGCCAAUAUUCUUACCAGGGUGGUGUAAGACUAUGUAACAUUAAUGUUGGUUUUACCUGUAUUGUGUAUUUUGCACAUGGAACACUUGCCUUAAAAUGUUUGUGCUUGUACAGUAAGGAACUCGUAGAAAGUUGCUUAGUUUUGGUUACUUGCUUUAAGAUGUGUGGUGCCUUUUAUGAAUUUAUAAUUAUCUCAGUGCAGGGGUAUCAGUUGUAAAAGAAAUAAUUAUUGGUAAAAUGUUCAAUUUUCAUUCUACUGGUUGGAAUUUUUUAAACUAUAUUUUUAUCAUUUAAAAUGUUAAUAGAUCUUUUGAUCUACAGUAUAUAUAAUUUUAGAAGUCUAAAAAUGUUUGGGCACACCAGAAAUCAAUCAGAUAUAACCAUAAAAAUGAUUGCUUCUUGUGCAGUGGUAUAAAUUUAAAAAAAAUUAAGAUGUGUGCACACGGUAUUUUAAAAACUAAAAUAGAAAAUGAAGAACCACAAUCAUGACUUGUAUAUUCUAUUCUCGUUCUAAUAAACUGCAACUGGCACUGUG